AUGUCUGUAGAUUCUGAAGUCAGACCUCUGGUGUCCUUAUCCCCUAACUGGGUCCCUCUACUCACUGAAGACUUCAUACAGCUAACAUGUGACUUAGCUUCAACUCAAGGAUGGAAACAGACAUUUUAUUGGUACAAAGAUGGUGAAAGCUUGGAGUGGAAUCAAAAGAGCCUUAUUGUGUCAGCAGAUGAGGAAGACAGUGGGAGUUACCAGUGCCAGACUGAUGCUAGUGAGAGAAGUGACCCUCUCAGACUGGAUGUGAGAAAUGAUUUCCUUAUCCUGCAAACACCCCCUGCAGUUCAUGAAGGAGACUUUCUGAAGCUCAGAUGCCACAGUCGGUCUGGAUACAAUGAAAUCAACACAACAUUUUACAAGGACAGAAAUAUCAUACAAUCACUGAUAACUGACUCUGUUUCACACUUAGGAAGAGCCAACAUUUCUGCAUCUGGAAAAUACAGAUGUGAAAAACAAAUAUACUUUAAUAAAUUGCAUUACAACCUCAGUGCCGAAGUAAACAUUUCAAUCUCGGAGCUCUUCAGUACCCCACAAAUAAAAGUGAGUCCAGAUCAGGUGACAGAAGGAGAUCACAUGAUCAUAACAUGUGACACAAAGCUCAGCCCACACAGAGCGACUACAGAGCUACAGUUUGUUUUCUACAGAAAUGGGCACAAUGUGCAGGGAUUCCAUAUAUCUAGUAAUUUCACAAUCUCUUCAGUUCACCAUAUGGAUUCUGGGAAUUAUACUUGUGAAGUUCAAACACCUACUGGCAGUGUAAGGAAGAUGAGCAAAGGGACAUAUAUCCAAAUGCAUGGUAGAACAGCUCUGGAGAAUAAAAUUCGACUUGGGUUUUCCGGACUCCUAUUAUUUAUUAUCUUAUGGCUUCUGUUUCAUCGACUAAAGCCCCACAGAGAGGUAUAUUCUGAAAAAGAAGAAGAAAAAGAAUGUUCCAUUCCUCUCUAGUCUGCAUACAGUUUGAAUAAGCAUAUCUUCAUUUUAACAACCCCUAUAGAGAUGAAUGAAUAUUUGCUACAAGAGGUUUUCCUCAAGACUGGCAGGUUAUUGUGAAAACUUGAAACCAUUAAUGUCAUCAAGAUCAUUAGAAGUUACAUAUAAGUUAAAUAUGAACAAUCAGAUUCGUCUGCUGGCAAAACGCUUUAAUCAGAUUGCAUAAAUGUAAUAUAUAUUUUGUAUAUAACAUGCAUAUUCCCUAUACUGUAACAAUGAAGCACCACGAAAUAGGUAAAUAUUAUGUGACUGGCAAAAUGUAAGUCUGAGAGAAGAAACAAUAAUUUUGGUGUGGAUUAUGAUAUGAAAUAUUAGCAGGGUCGGACUGGAUCCUAGGGGACCCACCAGAGCUGCAUCACAAGGGUCCUCUUGGCAGUCCCGGGGGCCCUCUCCAACCCUUAAAACAGUUGUCACACUCAUGCAUGAACACGCCGCAUGCAUGUGCAACAUACAAGCGAUGCACAUGUGCAGAAGAUGCGCCACAUAAUCAUCGUCUCAGCGAAGUUCUUUUUGGGGCAGCCAAUGGAGCCAAUGUAGCAGGUUUUGGCCUUCGGGGACCCAUGAGGGCCGGGGCCUACUGGGGUUUUUUCCCGGUGUCCCCCUGGUCCAGUCCAACACUGCAUAUUAUAUUAUAAACUAUGAUUUAUUUAAGUCAUGCAAAAAAUUAUUAAGGGGCCUAUUCACUAAGGGUCGA